AUGGCCUCGGAGCGUCAAGCACACCGUUCCAUCUCCUCGUGCAUCCUCCUCGUCGCGGUCGUCCUGCUGCUCAGCGCUCCCGGGGCAUCUGCUAGUUGCUACAAGCGCAUCUUCGCCUUCGGCGACUCCAUCAUCGACACCGGCAACUUCGCGUAUUCGACCGGCAGCGCUCCAAACGCGUUGAAGGAGUUCCCAUAUGGGAUGACCUUCUUCCACCACCCCACAGGCCGCGUCUGUGACGGGCGCGUCCUCCUUGAUUUCUACGCGCAAGCGCUGGGUCUGCCGCUGGUACAGCCAAGCUUGCCCGAGCAGAGAUCGGGACAAUGCACAUUCGGUGCCAACUUCGCAGUGUUUGCUGCCACGGCGCUUCCCCCGGAGUACUUCAAAAGAUGGGGUAUUGGUAUUCCCGGGUCUGCCAACCUGGGCAUGCAGAUGGGCUGGUUCAAAGAAGUGUGCCACGUAGGACGGGGCUGGUGUGUGGGCGUUGGAGAUUUUGCCCACACGUUCGCACCACGCUUUAUCAGCGUCCAAGAAGUAUUACAACGGAUAGCACCAGGGCCCGGUGCAAGGAGACUCCUGGGAGAGUCUCUCAUCAUAUUGGGCGAGAUCGGUGGCAACGACUACAACUUCUGGUUACUCAACAAUAAUAAUACUCGUGAAACAGCCUACCAGUUCAUCCCAGACGUAGUCAACCGCAUCAUCAGUAUUGCUCAGGAGCUCAUCGACCUCGGCGCGAAGACGAUCAUGAUCCCGGGGAACUUCCCCAUCGGGUGCGUGCCCAAGUACCUGAACGACCACCAGACGGGCAACCGUGCAGACUACGACCAGUUCGGCUGCCUCAGGUGGUACAACGACUUCUCCAUGAGGCACAACACAGCGCUGUCCAACGAGGUCAACAGGCUCAGGGCGCGGCAUCCAUGGGUGAAGCUCAUCUACGCCGACUACUUCGGCGCCGCCAUGGAAAUCUUCAAGAACCCACACAGAUUUGGUAUCGGUGAUCCUCUGGUGGCAUGCUGUGGCGGCGGUGGCCGGUACCACGUCGGGACAUGUGACAAGCACUCCGCUAUUAUGGGUUCCCCGGCUAACUGCGCCAAUUGGGACGGCAUCCACAUGACUGAGAAGGCCUACAACGUCAUCGCCGAUGGGGUGUUGCAUGGGCCGUACGCGCACCCGCCGCUGUUGCAUUCUUGCUGGAGUUGUUGA